CCUCUCUUUCGCUGUGUGUCCACCGCUUGUCCCACUUACAUUAUGAGCGCCCCAUCUUGAUAUCUCGCCUCUUCCUGUUGCCUCUUCCCUGUCGAUGUCGGAUCUGACUCAUCCCGCUGCUGAUCUCAAGUGCCUCAAGUGCGGAUCUGUUGGCCGGCGAGUCACAUGCCAGCUGUGCGGCGAGAUGCUCUACUGCUCAACACGCUGCCUUCGUGAAAAUGAAGACGACCAUGGGGAGCCGUGUGAGCUCUUCCGCACUCUGGUGAGGCCGGCCUUCGCCAACACCAACGUCGCCCGGCUGUUUAUCGGGUUCCUGGAGAUGACCGACUUCCAUACCUGUCAGCUAGAGCGCGAGAAGGCUGCCAUCGAGAAGUGCCUCACUAGCGUGAACGGCACAGGGGAGGCCUGUGGUGAUCCGACCAUUGCUGCAGCUGCAUCUGCCGAGAUCUCUGAGCCACAGGCUGGCGAAGUUGAUCUGACAUUGCGAGGGGCUGCUUUCGGCUCUUGCUUUGGCUUUCACGCUUGCGUGGUGGACGCGACAUUCGGAGGCGGUGCAGGUGUUUCUGAGCUCCCGGCUCUUCGUUUUGUGCCCGUCCUUGACAAGGUCCCCCGUGUGGACUUGCUGCUGCAGUCGCUCGCCAAGGCGGCUGUGCGUGACCUGCAACGGGCCAAGCUGACGGUUCGGUUCGUCGCUUUCGACCCGCACUUUGAGCCCCAGAACCAUUCGCGUCCCUACACACUGGACGGCGUGCCGGUCUUCUCCACCCCUGACGCCUGCCUGUUGUCUGCCUUGUUCCGCAGCGUUUCCAAGUCCUUCCCGCUCGACAAGUACACCGUGCCGGCGACAGCCUUCCUCAACUGCCCCCCCAGCUUUGCCGCCUCCAUUGGGGCUGUUAAGUGGCCCCGCUUUGUGCGCCAUGCGACAGCUGGUCUCCUGGUGCCUUCGCCAGGCGAGCAGUGGGUGGAGGAUUGGGUGCGGCGCUGUUUGUGGCAGCGACGGAUGGACCUAGCGGUGCUGCUUGACGCCAAGGUUGACCAGGACAUGGGCAAGCUCAAGGUAGGUAGGGAAGGAGAGGGCAAAAGAGGGAGGGGCCACCAACUGAUAUGAACGGCGUGUGUGUCCAUUGAUUUGCCCGUCUGUCUGCAGAGCAAGGGCAAGGCGAUCGAUGAAAGCGUGCUGGUGGAGCAGCAGCUGGCCCGCCUGCAGAAGGACACUGUGGCCGACUUCAUGCGCAUCCUCGAGAGGCUCAGGACCGCCGAGCCCAUGGACAUCCAUGCCGUCCUCUACGGCACCAAUCGACCACUCGGUAGGGCGGCUGCACUCACAUGACACAACGUCUCUGACUCACACACAGCGAGGGUGGGUUCUGCGCCUUCUCGCCAUCAGAUGCUUCCUUUGCCAGCGGCGACCCAGGUGCUGCUGCCGAGGAUGAGCAGGCUGUGUGCGAGCGGCUGGAAGAGGAGAUCCGCCAGGCCAGCGACAUGGCUUCGGUCAUCACUCGGCUCAAGGAGUUCGAGAAGUCGAUUAAGAGCGCACUCGCCGUCAACGUGGGCAGACACACAGGCAGAUGGCUGGUGGAUGGAUGGAUGGAAGGAUGGAUGACAUACCGGUGUCCCCUGUCUGUGUGUGUGUGCAGGACAAUCAGGACCUUUUGGUGCUGGUCUAUCAGCUGGACGUGUAUCUGUCCAAGAAUGUCGACUUUUACCACUGGGCAGAUCUGCUCAAAGUAUGGUCCAUCGACCCCGGCACAAUCACUCACGCUCCGUCCAACUCCCUCCCUCUCUGCUGCCUGUGCGCCCGUGUCAUUCAGGAAAGCACAGGCCUCUGGCGGCUCAUCUGCCUCAAGGUCAAGCAGUUCCCUAACAAAAAGGUCAGCAACACACGUCACGUCACAAAAGGCCAUCGACAGUUGGUUGGCGUCAGGGCUUCCUUGUGUGUGUGUGUGGUCAGGUCAAGGAAGAGGCGUGCAACUUCACCGACAGCAUACUGGAGGGAUUGGAGUGUGCCCAGCAGAUCGCCAACGGCCCUGCACCAAAGGCAAGCUGCCACACAAGGGCGACGCAGACAGACAGGCAGACACGAUACACAGCCACACUCCCUGUCUGUCUGUCUGUCUGUCUGUGUCUGCACACGUGUGUUGUAAUGUGUGUGUCAGCGGCCCAAGGUGUUCCUGGAUCUGAACAGCGUGGAUGGCAAUGGUGGCGAGAGAGUGCGGCGUGUGGUCAUCACCCUCUUCACAGACGUCAACCCCAAGGCCGCCAACAACUUCAGGUGCUACUGCACCGGGGAGAAGGGCGUCGGCACGGAAGGAUACCCACUGCACUACAAACGUACAUUAGUGACCGAUAACACACACACAUGCACACACAGAGACACACACACAGACAGGCGCUGGAGGAACUUGUGUGUCUUCCUUAAGGUACCAUCAUCGGCUAUGCUGUCAAGGGAACCGACCUGGUGGGCGGCUAUCUGUCUGACGGCAACUGGACUCACAUGACCGACAGCAUCUAUGGCAUGUACCACAGCAAAUGGGACCACCGCCGCUCGCUCGUCGCCCCCGGCCGGCCGGGCGUGGUGUCGCUCAUCGGUGAAGCCCCGCCUUCCAAGCGGACCAAGGGCGUCCGCGACUAUAAACGGCACGGUAAUUACGUCAGUCAUCACAUGCGUCACUUUCAUGUCAGUCACGUUUCUCAUGCAUCCCCUCAUCCCAUGCAGGUGGUCGGUUCCUCAUCAGCGUCUCAUCGGCCAACUCGGUUCAUGUGUACGACACGGUGGUCGGGGUCAUCGAGGACAUCCAGACCAUCGCCCACCUGCACAGCAUCUCCCUGCUGACCAGGGACGACAGCAGCGCCACCAAGGACAAUGGCAAAGUGGCGACGGACUACGACAUGCAGACGGGGCCUCUGUCCUCAACGCCGCCUCUCAUUGCACCGGUCAUCAUCCAGGACUGCGGCCAGCUGCCCGACUCCGGUGCAAUGACUGACUGAUUUCGCUGCCUGCCUGCCGGCCGGUCUGCCGCAGCCAGCAAAGGAUGGACGGAUUGGUGGAUGGAUGGGUCUGUUGAUUGAUUGAUGUGCAUCUGUCUGGCUGUCUGCCUGUCUGUCUGGCAGUUGUGCAGUUGGUUAACUCAUGUGUGGGAUCCAUGCAUGGCGUGAGUGCGAAGGGCUGGACGUAUAGAGUUGAGAAUGUCUGUACACUGAGGUCUCUCGACAGACAGACUACAUCACAUCGAAUGUGUGUGUAAGGACAUCAAACAAGCGGCGCGUCCAC